AUGCCCGUAUCGAUUUUCGACCCUAGUGCUAGCAACUCUCUGCCCCAGAGUGCCAUGGAAGCCAAUACUCACGCCAUGCAGGCUUAUACCCUUUCCCAGAUAUCGUCCCUUGACAUAAGAGAAAUUCAUGAGAUCAGCGACAGGAACUCUGAUGAUGUUCCCACCAUCGGUGUGCUAUACCAAGGCCCCGGUCUUCCCAUUGCAACUGAGAGUAAAGAAGCCGCAUGA